AUGUUCAACCAAGGCGGUCAACAGCAGCAACAAGCCCAAAACGCUGCUUCGGACUCUUCAUGGUACAAGCAACAAUACGAAGCCGUACACUGCGACAAAUACCUCUGUCCUUCUACCCUGUCAUGUGUGCAUUUCCCCCACCACUGCCCUUGUAGCCACCCCGAAGUCGAGGACAAGGUCGAGUUGGACGAUGGAAGUAUGGUGUGCGUAUCAAAAGGAGGCUACAAAGCUGGCGAGGCUGCAAGGAAGAUUGAGUUGGCAAGGAAGGCCUUGUUGUAA